AUGGCGGCGGCGGCGGCGGGCCCUGGCGGGCCGGGCCGCGGGCCCCAGGGCGGCGGGGCCGGCGGCCGGCGGCGGGCGCCGGCCGAGGAAGGAGGCGGCGGCGGCGGCGCGGCGGAACGCCGCCCUGCCGCCACUCGCUCUGCCGCGCCUGCUUCCAGCGCUGCCUCCUGCAGGGCCCGGGCCUUGCUGCCCGCUCUGCCGCAGCGCCUCUCCACCUGGGCCCCGCCGGCAGCAGAGCGGGGCCCGCGCCGCGGGAGGAGGAGGCGGGAGCAGCGAGCGCCGGAGGAAGACUUUAUAUUCAGAGCACCCAUCAAGUUAAGCAAACCAGGGGAACUGCGUGAGGAAUAUGAAAGCCAGCUGAGGAAGUUGAGGGGAGAAAAAUUGCAAGAGGAAAAAACAUCUGAGGAUCUGAUCCACAAGCUAAUUCUAGAAGACAUGGAAGUGGGAAAAAGAAAAAUGGAAGAACAGCAAAAAAAAGAUGAACCACUAAUGCUUAAAACGAAUCAAGAAUGUUUUCCUGAACGCCUCUCGGAUUCAGAGAAUGAAGAACCAUUCCAGAGCAAACACGCACAUCGGUCGGCUUUUGUCUCCAAAGGCAGCACCUAUUCUUUUGCCUUCCUGACAGGGAACCUAACCUCCAAACUGGAAAGGAGUCAGAGUUGCAAUGACACCAUUCAAGAUCGAUCAAAGAGCAGGCAGAGAUCGGCCCCAGCCAACAGAACAAAGGUUCUAUCAGUGACCAGUGCGUCGACUCCCAUCGUUGGAGUUUUGUCAUCCACCCAAAACAAUCGCUGCCUCUCUGCCCCAGAUUUGACAGCAGAAAAGCGUCUGGUUUCCAACUCUGUUUCAUCACUGUCCAUCCUGCACAAGCCGGAGCGAUCCAUCAGCCCUGAGAGCAAUGACAGUAUCUCAGAAGAGCUCAAUCAUUUCAAACCUAUUGUCUGCUCACCGUGCACUCCUCCCAAGAGGCUUCCCGACGGCAAAGUCUUGAGUCCUUUGAUUAUAAAAUCUACUCCAAGGAACCUGAACCGAAGCCUACAGAAACCAACCACCUAUGAAGCUAGUCCCAGAAUCCUGAAAAAAUGGGAGCAAAUAUUUCAGGAGCGCCAGAUUAAAAAGACUCUCUGUAAAGCUACCCUUACAUCUCUGGCUUCAGAGACCGGAGAGGACUUUCUGGUUCCUGACAUUGCUAACUCCAAUAAGGAGCAGCUGCGAAUCUUAAAUGAUCAAAUUCUACCUGAUACUGCGGCACACACAAAUACAGAGUUAGAUUAUUUCCCUUCGAUCAGUGAAGUGACGCUCGAAAGGGCUGGUAACAAGAAAAACCGUUCACAGGCCUUAACAAUGGAUGGCAGUUCCUCUGAACUAGAUACAAGAUCAAAUGGAACCUCUCUGAACACUCAAGCUUCAGAUGUGUCUGAAGUAAAAACAAAUUCAUAUCUGGACAAAUCUUGUCUUAGCAUUGGGGCAAAAAUAAUGAGCAGAAGAAUAAUUGGAGUCAACCCAGUGCUGCCAGGGAACAGUAUGCUAGGAGUUUCUAUCAAGACAGCAGGAAAAAAGCAGCUUAAAUACCUGAACAAUAGUGAAUUAAUCAACGUACAAAACGGAACCUGCAAUUCCGUUGAAAAUGUGAUUGGCGAACAGCCCCCUUCACUGAGAAGAGGACGGAAGAGACACUGUAAAACAAAGCACUUGGAACAGAAUGGUUCGGUUAAAAGACUGAGGCAGACAGCUGGUGAGAUGGGCUUGGCCACAGAUGAUCCUUUAGUGAGGGAGAUGGAACAGAAGCUGCAGCAGGAGGAGGAAGACAGGAGGCUAGCCUUACAACUGCAGCGAAUUUUUGACAGUGAAAACAGGACAAUGGAUAGGCGGAAAGCAAGAGUAGAUCAAUAUCUCUUGCGGUCAAAGAGCACUACAGGUGCAAAGCAGCACCUAUGAACAAUGUUGCCUUUUGUAGAGGACAUGAGGUUUAUCAAAAUAUCCUAUAGGAGGAGCUAUUUUCUUGUCAUACAACCACCCACAAUUUUUUUUUCUUUUUGAUGGUAAUACAUUUUAGAUCCAGUUCAUGCUGAAGCCAGGGUCCUUGCAGGCUAAAAGCAAAAAUUCACCUGUCCCGUUUUGUCCAUCGCUCUGAAAGACAGCCGAUCCUCCCCAUGUAUACACUGAAAUGUACUUAUACAUAGUAGGUGAUAUUUCUGAGUUAAAUGCUGGUGGUGGCCAUCUUACUAAGGCAAUGGGAUACCAAGAGUAUAUGAGCCCAAUGAUAAAGACCUUGUAAAUCCAAUGUCCAGCCUGCUGCAUCAUGUCAGACAGAAAUUAGGGAUUGAAAACACCAUCUACAUAAAUCAUCUAGACUGUUUCUCUCCAACCCCCAAUCCUGUGCCUGUUUCACUCUCUCCCUUAUGCUGCAGCCAGAUACUGUGAAUGGAUCAUAAGUUAUACCAUAGUGAUGUAAACUCCCUGGUUUGUGAUGGCCUCUUUCUUAAGGGGUCCCACUGUUACAAGGUUAUGAGCCAUGCUUUCUCCUUUUUGUCCCAACAACUAAGGAGCAAAUGGAUACACCGAUAGUGGAUACAAUUCAGUAACACCUUCCAAGGGCACAAAAAAUGAAAUACAUUAGACAGUGUAGAUCAGGGGUUAUUUUAAUGAGACCAAAUGCAAUGUAGGAAACCUGAAAACCAAGGAUUUUACGGAAAAUGCAUUGUUGAAAACUAGUUAAUCGAUGUUGGUAAUAUUGUAGAAAACUUAGCUAUAAAGAGAAGGUAAAGUGAAUACUACCAACCCACUCUCUUGGGGUGGCAUGAAGGUGAAACCAAUCAACACUGUUUUACUCAUCUUGGACAUUUAGGAAGAGAAGCAUCAGUAAGGAAAAGAGCCACCUAAAUGAAUCCGUUUGACAUUGGCAGCAUGGGAGCCCUGUGUAGUGCUCAUUCCCUAGGUAUAAACCAGCCACGGUUGGGUUGGGGAAUGUGUGCACUGCAGUGAUAGUAAUACGCUUACUGCACUAUUUACACAGAGGUUUCAAAGAGUUUGGUAGGAGUAAUUAUCCAUUAUCUUCACUUUAGAGAUGUAUAAACUGACACACAAAGGUUAAAAUUCUCAAAAAGGCUGCUAAUUUUGGGCACCUCCCAUUCCAGUUGAAGUCAUUGGGAACUGGGAGUGCUCAGCACUUUUCAAACUCUUGGUCCUAGAUCUCCCAAAUGGGGUUCUCCAAAAACAGUAGCAUCCAGUCAUUUGACUCUAUCAACUUGCCCGGGGUCAGUGGUAGAGUUGGGAACAGAAAACAGGACUCUUGACUAGUCCAGGACCUUAUCCAGUGGAGAGUGUGUUCUCCACUCCACAUGCAGCAAUCACCACAUGAAGCCCUUUCCAAGUGAGAAUUCUCACAAGGCUUUCACUGUUGAGCUUAAUGCCACAACCUGGCCCAAAUCACUGUGUUGUUUUAAGCAGCCCAAUGAAGUCUGGCUGUCUGCCUGUGUCAUGGAGGGUGUUCAUUGUUCUCUCUUGGACCAAUUACACAGAAUAUAGAUCAGUGCAUUAGGUAAGAUAAAUGUCCAUGCUCACUGUUUAAUGAGUGUGCUUCCUUCCCAAAGAACCUCUGCUUUUCUCCCUUUCAUCUCAGGCCUGUCCUCGCAAUUGUUUCAUUGAGUGAAAUAAUUUUUUUGAUUACCACCAGUAAUGGGCUCAAAAAUGUCACUCUUGAAUCCUGAAUUUCUAGACGAUGGAUCUUCUGUUCUUUCAGUGGAAUUUUUCCCCUCCUCAGAAACAUGAGUCUGCCAAUUUAAUAUCUUGUUGCUCCUUAUACCAGGUGACACUGGAAUUUUAAAGAGCUACCUGAAACACACUGCACCAGCAGUACACCAAGCAGCUGGCAUAACUUGCAGCUGACCUGUGGAGUGCAGAGAGGUUCUGCUAAUGCAGCAUACAAAUGAGGUUGAUGUGAAAGGAUUUUAAUUGUUCAUCUAUUUCUGCCAUGUCUUUUGCUCUCUCCUUCCAUCUUAAAUGAUGAUGAAUGGCUUGCCUUCCUGGCAACAAAGGAAUUGGUUUUGUCUCCAGCUUGCCGCUUAUUCAUAUAACUACAAGGACCCUGAAGCUUUUUACUGCUUUAAACUGGAUUUUAAAAAAAAAAAAAAAAAAAAGAAAUCUUAUAUUUUAAUGGAUAAAAUUUAUAUAUUUUAAAUACUAUAUUUCAACAGAUCGACACUUUCAUUUUGAGAAAUCUUGUAGUAAUGAUGACAUAAUAUAUAUCUCGUAUUAACACACAAAAAACUACUGGCUAUUAAACUAAUAUGUGAAGCCAGGAAGUUGAUGCUGGCUUUCUGCACUCUUAGACUGGAUUGCUGUGCCUAACUGUUGUAGCUCAUGGGUUGUGUACUAUUGUAUCCUCUUCGGAGAGGAAAUUCUGCCCUUAGUUACACACUUGCAACCUUUCUGGGCCAAAUGCACAGCUGAUUUUAAGCUGAUACAACUCCAUUGACUUGACCUGCAUUGCACUCACUUAAGCCAGCAAUGAAUUUGAAGGAAACUGCCAAGUCGUUGACUUGAUUGAAGUCAGUGGGUUUGCAUGGGUCAGAGUUACUGAUGAUCAAAUUUGGUCUCAUCAGUACUUAUGAACAGCAGAGUACAUUAAGGAUGGAGCAGCAGUCUUUAAUCCUGAGUUUGCUUUAUUUUUGUUCCGAGCAAAAGCUUCUUUUACACUAUCCAAGAGUAUUCUUGAUUCUCUUUCCCCCCCCUCCCCCCCGUCUCUUUCAACAUCCCUCUCACACCGCCCAAAUGAAUACCUUGAAACAGGCUUCCUUAUUCAAUUACCUUGCCUUGUUCUAGGCCUGGGCUGCUGGCUUUUUUUUUUUUUUUUUUUCAAAAAAACAAGAGAGCUUUUGAGAAACUUACUUUAUGUGGGUCUCACAAGCUGAAUGUAUCUUUCCUGAGGAUGAGAUUUUGAGUCCUACCACCUAGGCCAGUGUCCUUUUGUGUGUGUGUGUGUGUAUGGUUUUUUGUUUUUUGGUUUUUUUAAGGUCACUUAAACACUUGGGUUUUAUGUGUUAAUUUCAUGUUAAUUUCUUUUUUAUUUUAAAUCUAAGUCUCCAUGGAAGUGCAGGAGCCCUUGCCUCAAUUAUGACAGUUCCUCAAGCUAACAUAGCUUGAUAGAAAAGAACGAGGCUAGAAUGUCUGUUACAUACUUUAUUAUCUAUGGGUCGUUCACACAAAAGGGCCCCUACUCUGCAAACUGUUACAUGAUUAAUCCAAGGCCCUGAUCCCAUUGAAAUUAAUACAAAGCUCCCGUUGAUUCAGUGUGUGCAGGUCUGGACCAUAAUAGAAAAGCUCUUACAGUGUAUGGUCCAUUGUAUCAGUAUUUAUUUAAGGAGGCCUUUGAUUUUGGGAUCCUCGUGAGGAAUACUCUGGAUCCUAAAAAUCUUUGUCACUUUUUUUGAGACAUUAUUACUCGUAUGCAGUAGCAUCUUUAAAUAAUGUGGCAGGGUUGGUUUUAAUAUUUCCAAGGGGUAUUUGUCCACAAAAUACAGUGUAGGAUUUUAGUCCAUUAAUUUCAACCUUCUUAAAAGAAAACUAGUUUAUAUUUAUAAUUUUAUCCUCCAUCUAGUUGCUUAAAGAUCAAGAAAGAGUUUCCAGUUUGCUAGAAUAGGUAAGUCCUACUCCCUUUGAAGUCAGUGAGAACAGGAUUGGGCCCAUACCGCCUGGUCCAAAGUCCAAUGAAGUCAGUGGGAGUCUUUCCACUAACUCUGGGCUUUAACUGCACUUCAAACAAUGGAAGUUCCCAACCCCUCGUGCAUUCAGAAGUCAAAUUUACACUUCCCUUGUCGCAACUAAUGCCAUGUGAGAAGUAUCAGUAAAACAGCAGCUCUGGUGGAGACACUAGACCGAUGGAUGGAGUCAAAGAUCUCCACAUGUCUGGAGGCACUAAAACAACAACAGAUUUUUAUUAAAAAUAUCUCUAUUUUGGCAAUUGUUUUGCAUCCUCCUCCUUUCUGAUCUAACAUUCUCUAAGGAAUUGAACCUAAUCCCUGCAGUUUGCGUGAAGGUGAAGGCAUGUCCAAAUUCUUCCAAAAUGUGAAAGUUUCACACCUUACUGCCCUCCUGUAAGAUCAAAUGGGGCUCAGCUGUGGCAGCCCUGUUGCUGGUGAAGUAAUUGCACUACUUGUUGCACUCCGUGUGACCAGAAGGGAUGGGGUUAGGGAUUUCAUUUAGUAGGUGAAUGACUGAAUCUGCCAAAGAUGCCCCAGGACUUUAAACCAACUCUGAUUCUAUGUAGAUUUCUAGAUGGGGAAAAAAAUGUAUUAAGGUUCUUUUUGGGGGGGGUUAGUGACUACAGACAUCAGUAAACAAAUGAAGGAAAAGUGCCAAAAGAAUGGAUUGUGCAAAAGAUGAUUGUGUAACACUGUCCUAUAUUGUCAGUAUUUUUCUUCAAAUGGUAUUGUACAUGCAGUAUGGAUUAGUCUUGAAGUACAGCUUAAACAAGUGCUUCUUUGUCUUUUGUCAAUGAAAGCAAAGGGGAGAUAGAAGCCUUAAAGACUAUAAUUAAUUUUAAAACCAGGCCUUUAGCCAUGCAUCAAGGAGAUAGCCCUGCAGUGCUCUCUGCUGGACUUUCCGGACCUCUUUGCCAUCGUAUAGUUUUCAAGUGAAAGGUUGGUAAGGAGCUUGUCCUGUGAGAAGGGAAAAUAUUUCAUCAAAACUCAUCCUUACCGAUUUUUAAAGGGGACGAGAAAUGAAAACUAAAGACCAGUCCUUGUUCAACUUGUGCAUGUGGACACGAAGGUCCAGAAAGUCACUGAUUGAGCUCUAGGGGAUCUUUGCUAGAUCUUCACAAUGAGCUCAAACCUGUGCCAUGUCUGCUGAUUGAACUGUAGCUUGGAAGCCGGAAUGGUCGCUCUCCAUGUUGUACAUGAGUUUGAUGCAAACUUUUUUCUUCCCUGCAUCUUUAAAACACUGCAACGCAUCAAACAGAUAGAGAAUUAGCUAUUCACUAUGCAAAGAAAAAAAUUGUUUAACUGAUGGGAUUAUGUGUACGCCUGGUUUUCUGGUGUUUACUGUCAAGCUGUUUAAAACAAAUAUAGAUGUUGCUACAUUUUUCCAAUAUGCUUUAAAUUAUUGUGCUGUGGUGUAUCCUCAACUUGCUGUUCAAAAACCCAGUGCAGUAGAAGACAAAAGGUCAUUUAGGGUCUCAGCUGAACCACUGUGGCUUCAUCAGCACAUUAUAAAACACAGUGGAGUUUACUGAAAGCUUAUUUACUUGCAUGUGUGUAAUGUGUGGGUAAAAUAACAUGUAGGGACAUGGUUCUAUGGGACUGUGGCUUCUGUUAUUUCAAGCAGAGUGAAAAAUUCCCAAAC